AUGCCUUUCAGCAAAGAUUUUGAACCUGUCGCUUUCAAGGACACCAACAUGUUUAAACCCAUGAAGGUUGGUAACACUACUAUUCUACAUCGUGCUGCUUUGCCUCCAUUGACCAGAAUGAGGGCGCAUCAUCCAGGCCAUAUUCCAAAUAGGGAAUGGGCUGUUGAGUACUACAAGCAAAGAUCCCAAAGACCGGGUACAAUGCUAGUUACCGAAGGUGUCUUCCCAUCUGCUCAAUCCGGUGGUUAUGAUAACGCACCAGGUAUCUGGUCAGAAGAACAAAUGGUUGAAUGGAGAAAGAUUUUCAAUGCCGUUCACGACAAUAAGUCUUUUGCUUGGGUUCAAUUGUGGGUUUUAGGUAGACAAGGAUUCCCAGAUUCAUUGGCCAGAGACGGUCUAAGAUACGAUUCUGCAAGUGAUGGUAUUUAUAUGAGUGCUGAACAAGAAGAACUUGCUAAGAAAUCCAACAACCCACAGCAUGGAAUCACUAAGGAUGAAAUUAAGCAAUAUAUCAAGGACUACGUCCAAGGUGCUAAAAAUGCCAUUGCCGCUGGUGCUGAUGGUAUUGAAAUUCACAGUGCCAACAGUUACCUGUUAAACCAAUUUAUUGAUCCAAAAUCCAACAAGAGAACUGAUGAAUACGGUGGUUCCAUUGAAAACAGAGCCAGAUUCACAUUAGAAGUUGUAGACGCUAUUGUAGACGCCAUUGGACCUGAAAGGACUGCCAUUAGAUUAUCACCAUACGGUACAUAUGGUGACAUGUCUGGUGGUGCAGAACCAUUGAUUGUUGCACAAUAUGCUUACAUUAUUGGUGAGCUUGAAAGAAGAGCAAAAGAAGGGAAAAGAUUAGCAUACUUGCAUCUUGUUGAGCCAAGAGUUCUAGAUCCAUUUGCUCCAGAAGGUGAAGAUGUUUAUAAUGAAGGUACAACAGACUUUGCUUAUUCCAUAUGGAAGGGUCCAAUCAUGAGAGCGGGGAACUACGCUAUCCAUCCCGAAGUUGCCAUGGAAGUCCUAAAGGAUGAUAGAACUAUUGUCGGUUACGGCAGAUACUUUAUUGCUAACCCUGAUUUAGUCGAUCGUCUAGAAAAAGGGUUGCCAUUGAACAAAUAUGAUAGAUCAACUUUCUACGCUAUGUCUGCUGAGGGCUACAUUGAUUAUCCAACUUACGAAGAAGCAAUUAAGAUGGGCUGGGACAAGCAAUAG